AUGGACCUUUUCAACUCUGCACUUGGAAAAAAUAUCACUUUUUUGCGUCCUGCAUUUUUCAUUAUAAGUGGAUUUAUUGGCAUUCCUAAUAUAAAUUAUUAUUAUGCCUUUCUGGUUUUUGUUUAUAUUAUUUCUGUCCUGGCAAACACAGCUGUCAUGGCUGCCAUAUAUUUGGAUCACAAUCUAAGAACACCGAAAUAUAUUGCAGUUUUCAAUCUUGCAUUGGUUGAUCUGUUAGGUAACUCUGCUAUGGUGCCAAAGGUUCUCGAUAUCUUUUUGUUUAAUCACCCCCACAUUUCCUAUAAUGACUGCUUGACAUUCCUGUUUUUCUGCUAUGUAUUCCUUUCAAUGCAAGCACUAAAUCUGGUUGCACUGUCAUAUGACAGAGUUAUGGCGAUUGUUUACCCACUGCAUUAUCAACUGAAGUUAACUCACAAGCUUAUGUUCUCUUUAAUUGCCUCUUUCUGGGUGUUUGUCAUUAUUGUUGUACUUAUUGCAACUGGCCUUCUUACAAGGCUUUCCUUCUGUGAGUCAGUCGUUAUUAAAAGCUAUUUCUGUGACCAUGGUCAGAUAUACCGGCUUGCAUGCAAUGAUUUUACACCUAGCGAUAUAACUGCUUGGAUUUUGCCAGCUCUUAUUCUUUGGCUUCCUCUUACAAUUGUUUUGUUGAGUUAUCUGAUUAUAGGCUAUGCUUUAGCUAAAGUAGCCACAGUUCGAGAAAGAAUGAAGGGCUUUAAAACCUGCACAGCUCAUCUUUCAUUAGUGGCAAUCUAUUUCCUCCCAAUAUUAAUCACAUUUACUCUACGUGCAAACAUAGAGCCAAAUGCCAGAAUCAUAAACCUGUCUCUGACCUCAGUCUUUCCUCCAAUGCUGAACCCUAUCAUAUAUGUUCUUCAGACACGAGAAAUCAAAGAAUCUCUAAAAAAGUUACAGGGAAGAAUCAUAACACACUACAAAAAUAGAAAAGUCAAAUUUAAAAAUGAGCAGGCUCAGGGUCGCUAUUGCGGGGACCCAGUAUUCAUGGAGUUCUUGCUGAACACCAUCUUCUCCAAGUUUGGGUUGACAGCCAUGACAGAGUGGGAACAUCAGUUCAUCAGGGAGUACUGCACUGUCAUGAGGCCACUUACAGUGGCCCUGGACAUUGUUCAGGGAGAAGACAACACUUUUUAUGGGAUACUCCUACCCACACUGGAGACAUUGAUGUUUAAGACCCUGGAGUUGAGCAGUGGCCUGCAAAUUCUUGAAAACCUUCCAGAGGCAGUUGUCACAGCAAUCAAAACAAGAUUUUCGAAGGUGUUGGAAAGUGAAGAUGCUCUCUUGGCUGCUGUGACUCUGCCCAAGUUCAAACUACGUUGGCUGCGGACACAGGAAAGGAAGGACAAGGCCAAGGCAAGUCUGCUGGCAGAGUGCCGGAAAAUUGUCCUUGACAAAGACCAGCGAGCAGCUUCAUCACCCUGUUACUUCCACAAGGGAACAGAUAGCUGCUAUAAGGAACAAAACACAAAGCUGCUGUGCUUCUAUUCUGAGGCAGGCUUCACUAAAGAAAGCUUGGCUGAUUUGAAAAAAAGAAGAAGACAAAAACAUCUUCAAAUGGAUUUUUUAAACUCAGCUGCUGAGAAAAACACCACUUUUGUGCGACCUGCAAAUUUUAUAAUAAGUGGAUUUGUUGGCAUACCUAAUAUUAGGUAUUACUUUGUCUUUCUGUGCUUUAUUUACAUUUUUUCAGUGGUGGGAAACACAGCUGUGAUGCUUAUAAUAAUUUUUGACCACACAUUAAGAAGUCCUAAAUAUAUUGCAGUUUUUAACCUUGCAUUUACAGACCUGUUAAGUAACUCUGCUUUGGUGCCAAAGGUUCUUGACAUUUCUCUGUUUAACCAUCACUAUAUUUCUUACAACAACUGCUUGACAUUCAUGUUUUUCUGCUUUACUUUAAUUUCAAUGCAGGCUUUUAAUCUGGUCGUUCUGUCCUUUGACAGAAUCAUGGCUAUCAUGUACCCGUUGCACUAUCAAAUGAGAGUGAGCCACAAAAUCAUUCUGUCUUUGAUCACCUUUUUCUGGCUUCUUGCUAUUGCUCUAACAGGAACUGCAGUUGGCCUUCUCACCAGACUACAUUUUUGUGAAUCUGUGGUUAUUAAUAGCUAUUAUUGUGACCAUGGCCCUAUAUAUCGGCUUGGCUGCAAUGAUGUUACCCCUAACAAAACAAUUUCUGCUUGGUCAAGAGCUUUUGUUCUAUGGCUUCCUCUGAUAUUUGUCUUGGGAAGUUACUGCUGUAUAGGUUAUUCUUUGUCAAGAAUUUCUACAUGUAAGGAAAGAGUGAAGGCUUUGAAAACCUGUACAGGUCACCUUUCAUUAGUGGCAAUAUAUUUCAUUCCUAUUUUAGUUGUUUAUAGUUUUGGGAGUACAAUACAUCCAAAUGCAAGGAUUGUAAACCUAUCUUUAGCCAGUGUCAUGCCUCCCAUGUUAAACCCAAUAAUCUAUGUUCUUCAAACUGCAGAAAUAAAAAAAUCUUUGAAACGGUUGUUAAGAGCUAAAAUACAAAUAUGUCACACAGAGUGCUGUAGUUUAAUGAAACACAUGUAG